AUGUUUCAGGCUGGGUUUGACAAAGCUGCUGAGGAUGUUAAGCAUCUCAAGACCAAGCCAGCAGAUGACGAGAUGUUGUUCAUCUACAGCUGCUACAAACAAGCAACUGUGGGUGAUGUAAAUACAGAACGAUCUGGGAUGUUGGACCUCAAAGGAAAGGCCAAGUGGGAUGCCUUGAAUGAGCUAAAAGGGACUUCCAAGGAAGACACCAUGAAAGCAUACAUCAACAAAGGAAAAGAACUAAAGAAAAAAUAUGGAAUGUAG